AUGAACAGGAAGGGACAUCAAAGAGCAGAAAGGAAAAGGAACAGAAAUGAGCAGGAAGGGGCAGCGAGGAGCAGGAAGGGUCAGCAAAGAGCAGGAAGGGUCAGCAAGAAGCAGGAACAGGCAGCAAGAAGGAUGAAGGGGCAGCAAGGAGCAGGAACGCUCUGCAAGGAGAAGGAAGGGGCAGCAAGGAGAAGAAAGGGGCACAAAAGUAAAGGAGCAGAAAGAAUCAGAAGGAGCAUAAAGGUAAAGUGGGAGAAGGAGCAGAAAAGGAAAGCAAGGAGCUGGAAGGGGCAGAAGGAGCGCAAAGGUAACGUAGGAGAAGGAGCAGAAAGGAACAGGAAGGGACAGCAAGGAGCAGAAAGGGGCAGCAAGGAGCGCAAAGGUAAAGUAGGAGAAGGAGCAGAAAGAGUCUGCAAGGAGCAGAAAGGGAUCAGAAAGAGAAAGGAGCAGAAGGGUGCAAAAGAAGCAGAAAGGUAA